GAGCUGCUGUAGCACAGGAAUUUCCCCAGUGUGGGAUUAAUAAAAUCAAUCUUAUUUUAUGGGGCUUGAAGGCAACACUGGUGACGCUAUGAAGGGAACUCCCAGCGUCUUCAGUCACAAACCUCCUAUCCAUGAAACACCGGAGAGGGAUUGAUACCACAUUGCGGUGAUAACCACCAACCAACAUUUGAAGAGAAGUCCUUCAGCAUUUCGACGGCAAGGUGUGCAGUGUGUCGGGAAGAGCUGAUGAGGUGAAGAAAGCCACACAAGGCCACUUCACCUACUAUCUAUUUGCCCUCACGCAGAGUGACCCUGCUGCCUACUUUGUCCCCACAUCACUUCCAGAGGAGGCUUGGCUCCCUCUGGGUUCAAGAAACACCAUGUGCCAAAACUGGAGAGGACUUACCAUUGCCCCAUAGAGCGCCAAACCUCUUGUGAACCUUUCCCUCUCGUCUGAGGACCCUCCUAAUCCUCUACACUGCCCACAUGGCCAAGAUGAAGAAGGUGGCAGCAUGGUCAGCAGAUGAUGUCUCUGACUGGCUCAGCAAAGAGGGCAUGCCGGAGUACAUAGAUGCCCUCCGUCAGAAGGACGGUCCUGCUCUGCUCACCCUCAAGAAGGCCGAUUUCCAGAUGCUUCCCCUCUCGCGGGUAUCGUCUGAUGGCGGGCAGCAGCUGUUGGAGCGACUGGAGACGCUGCGGAUAGAGACUCAUAUUGAGGAUCACAAAAACGGGCAUGCAAACGGACACGCUGGUGGGCUACCUAACAGAACUAGCAAGCCUCAGAGGAAUGGCACAUUGGGGAUGAUGGACAUGGUCCGCAUCACCAUCCCUACAACAGAAACUAUGCGCAUCUCGUUCCCUGCCGAGUGGGGAAAGACGGGCAUGGCGUUUGUCUAUGCGGUGGUGUGCUUUGUUACCACCACUGUCGUCAUUUCAGUGGUCCAUGAAAGAGUACCGCCAAAGGAGCACACCCCACCACUGCCUGAUAAAUUCUUCGACCUGUUUGACAGGGUGGAGUGGGCCUUCUCCAUCUGUGAAAUUAACGGCAUGCUGCUGGUGGGACUCUGGUUGAUACAGUGGAUUCUACUCAAGCACAGGUCCAUUAUAGGCAGACGAUUCUUUUUCAUUGUGGGCACACUCUAUCUGUACCGGUGUAUUACAAUGUACAUCACCACUCUGCCUGUUCCUGGGAUGCACUUCAAAUGCUCUCCAAAGCUUCUUGGGAAUUGGGAGGCACAGGCAAGGAGAAUAAUGAAGAUGAUUGCUGGUGGGGGCCUAUCCAUCACAGGUUCCCACACCAUGUGUGGAGAUUAUCUGUACAGUGGUCACACAGUCAUGUUAACCCUAACGUACCUCUUCAUCAAAGAGUAUUCCCCCAAGAGGUUCUGGUGGUACCACUGGUUUUGUUGGACAUUGAGCGCUGUAGGGAUUUUUUGCAUCCUUCUUGCCCAUGACCACUACACUGUGGAUGUGGUGGUUGCAUACUUUAUCACUACACGCCUCUUUUGGUGGUACCACACUAUGGCUAACCAGCAGUCGCUGAAGGAGACGUCACAGGGUAACCCGUUCUCGCGGGUUUGGUGGUACAGACUGUUCAAAUACUUUGAAGAGAACGUCAACGGCACGGUCCCUCGUAACUAUCAGCUGCCGUUGUCAUGGCGAUCGUGGCAGUGGAACCGCGGUGUGAAGUACAGCAAACUGGAAAUCCAGUGAGGACUAGGACUAUGACUUCCAUAAGUGCUGUUUUUACCCAUGGAACAUGGCACUGUUAAAUGUAGCGCUGUCCUUUCACCUCUAGUAACAGACACAUCCCUGUCCAAAUUGGUAGCACUGUGACCCACCUAUUAUUUUUUUUUUGUGUGUGUGUGUCUGUAUAUAUAUCUCAUUUUGUUUCUCUUUUCCUCUUUCUCUUCUGGUAGAUUUUGCCAACAUAGAGCACUAAUUUAUGUUUUGUGUCUUUUCCUCUUCGUGGGCCACAACAGUUUAUGAAGCAUUUCGACAAACUAAAACUCUAAAACUUUUUGGCCACAAGGACUCUAAUACUUUUUUUUUCCCUCUCUGCACAAAACCAUAAGUAAUGUCCUCAUGUUCUUACAAGAUUUUUAGUGCAAACAAUGUUAAUCAAAUGCUCAUUUGAUAACCAAAAUUCCAUAAGUAUUUCUUUUCUUUUUCUUUUUUUUUUUUAUAGCAAAUUACUUUUUUUAAACUGUCCUUGCUAAAAUGAGUCAAAGGUGCAAAAAAUAUUUUUAAGUAUGUCAAACUUUAUUUUUCAAAAACUAAUGAUGUCCAACAAAAUAUUUUUAGAUUUUUACCUUUUUCAACAUGAAUAAGCAUAAGAAUCAAAUGUGGUAUAACAUUAUUUCAGUGCCUUUCUUAGCUUGAUUGUAAAACAGUUCAAGUACUAUGUGUCUUGUGUCUCUCUGCUGCGGGUGUGACCACGCUGUGGUACGGGGUGGUACAUAGUUAACAGUCUCGUUCCCAUGAAUGUAAAAACAACUACGCCAGCCUUACCAGAAAAUUGGUUCUCCAAAAAUGAAGUGCAGUGAAAUGUCCUGUUUAUUUAUUAAUGCUUUAUGAUGUCAGUUUGUGCUUAGUUUGUUAAUGCUGUUCUAAUAGAAAAUAAUGACUGUUAAUUGUAUUUUUUUUUUAAAUUUCUGUAAUAUUUUUACCAAUCGGUCUUUUACCAACACAAGUCAUGUUCAUAGCCCGAUCACUGACCCUCAGUUGUCUGCUAGUUUUACUUUCCACGUCUACAUUAUCUGCAUCUUAAAUCACUGCCUGAUUGGAAAUUGGAGAAGACGUGUCUAAUACCACUUUCACUUCGUGGGCUCAACCAGGGUUGACUUGUGUUUUAAAAGGGUUAUCCCACGUUGACAUGUUUGGACAUGGGCCGAUUUCAGUGUAAACUGCACACGACCAGUGUUGCUAACAAUCCGGGCGGUACAAAUUGUAGUUGGUUGUCAGUCAUCUCAUCUGAUCAGUCCAAUGCAAAUAGGGCUGUCAAAACUGGCUAAAAAUGGUGUUCAAAUUUUCCUUCUAAAAACAGGGUUGAACAGGGGUUGAUGCAUAGACUGUAGAAAUAAAGCCAAAACCUCUUGUGGCUGACUGCAGUAUAGCUCAUAAAUCCCACCACCUCAGUGUUAGCAGAUGGGACAUGGGCCAAGCUAAACAAAUGUAAAUACACAUCAAAUACAUUUUUCCUAAAGAUAGUUUCUCUCAUUUUAGGUAGUUCUUAUCACGCUGAUAUUUGACUGUUUGUUUAAGUGUUAAUUUUCCUGCAUCAGGUGACAGACGGGAGUUGUAAUUCCACUGUUUGGCCACUAUGUUUCUUAUGCAUAUCCUGGGGGCCUGCUGUACCCCUUUUGAUUGUAUAAUAAAACCUGGAUACAGCAUUCGAGGCGGAGCCCUGUUAAUUAUUAUGAGAGUUGCGCAUGGAGUCUUCAUGGAGCGAAAAAAUACCCAGAUCUUGCUGCUUCCGCACUGCGGAAUGGCCCAUAGAGCAGGCGCACUAGAGACCUCUGCCAGCUGAGCCAGCGACUUCCAGUUUAGCUCUCUGUUAAAUUGAAUGGGGAUUAAAUGAUUUAAUUGUGCGGCUCUUCUAGACUUUCCAAAUGUUAUCAGACCGAAUUAAUCAAAUUCUGAUAGUGAAAGGAGUCAUUUCGCUGGGGUUGUGUGACGCUCAAAACAUUUUAUUUCCUGAUUUACAGAUGUCUCUUUCGCCAUGUAAGUCAAUGAUGCCAGAGGGCAUCACGUUACGGUCCAGGAGUUGCAAUUCCACUGUUGAGCCGCUAUGUUCAAUUUGCUUCAAAGCCCGGGGCACUUCCUGUGGGCCUGCCAUAAUUUUUGUAUAGUGGGAGGAAGUAGAGAUGCGUCGUCCAUCUUUAUACAGUCUAUGGAUUCAACCUAUUCGAACAUCUAUUUUUGCAAAUUAUGUCUGUAACAGGGCAAACGUAUGAGAUACAUAACUACCUGUGUAGGUAUAUUUAUUUCAACAUAAACACAAACCUGCUUAAUCAGCUAAUAUAAUAAUGGCCUAUACCAUAACACUUAGACUGUAGACCUCUCUCCCUCUGCACCGUGGUUGGUGCUAGACUGAGAACUGAGCCCCCUUGCAUGCCCCUAGCAAGCAAACAAGCCAGCCAGCUGUCUGGCCACUAAAUUGAUCAAAUGUAAUCACUUGUUUCAUUCACACACUCUUGUCACAGCAUAGAAAAGAACGUUGCUAUCGCCAGAUGAGUGACAAUUUAGUUUGGCUAAUUUUCUUUAACCAGCAUAGCAUGAAGGCAUGUUGAGUGGAAUUAGCAAACUAGCUAACUUGCCAGCCGGCCGCAGCUGGAUGCUCGGUCCCUCUGCUCAAUGGUGUUGCAGUUGAUAUAAGCUCCCUCUGAAAACCCAGCUUUAGAAUGUAAACCUAUGAAAAGAAGUGUUUAGUAUAAUUCUCUCAUCCACAGCAUCGCCACGCUCUCUUCCCGGUCGCCCGAGACACAGGUCUGCAGCUGGCAGUUCAGUGUGGCUGCUGGCUGGCGCGAAUCUCUUUUACAAGAUGAGUCUGCAAGCCGACAGCAAAGGCUAACUUUACUCUUAUUGUUAUGAAACUUCGUCCUAAAAUGGUCGUCUAACUAGCCUACUUCCCUUCUUUACUGCUACUGUUGAGUGUUUGAUGGUCAUGUGCUUUAGAACGUAAUCGCUGUGAAACAAUCAUAAAAUAAGCUUUAAUUUUUCUCAUUCACAGCUCUCUCUCUCUCUCUCUCUCUCUGUCUCUGUGUCUCUGUCUGCUCGCCCGAGCUCGCACCACACGUCUCUGCAGCACACAUUUCAAACUGCAGGCCUACUGUACAAUAAGGAAUUCAAGUACAAAACACCAGUCCUGGUGGUGUGCAGCAUGGACUGUAUGUGACGUUGGCUUUUCACUGAAUAUGUGAACGUAAAACCCCCCCGCCCAUUUCCAGCACGUGAGGUGGACCUAAAUUGUCGUGACCAAGGAUAAACCUGUGUUAACUGGCUUGGUUUGAAUUGACAAAAUAAGGGUUGAACAUGGGUCAGAUAACCCUGGUCCUUGGUGUGAAAGAGGUAUAAGGUGCAGAGUUAAGUUAUUCUGGACGUGGAAAUGUCAUCUUCUGCUCAGGAAAUAACAAGACCCUCCCUUUUUCCCCACAUUGAGUCCCAUUUUGAAAUCAGAAUUAUCCUCAUUACUGUCUGGUCUUGUAACCUUUGUGGUGGUAACGAGAGCUAGAGGAAAAUGUUCAAUGUCAACCCGUGUGUUGAGUUUAGGGAAUGUCAAAGUUGUGAAAACAGAACCUUCAGGUAAAGUUUCUGAGCAUGUCUGUAAUAAAUCUGUAUGUGUACUUUGUGUAGUUUGUCUCGUACUAAAACAAGCUGCUACCUUCCAGUUUGAAGACUGCGUAUCUUCUGUAUUGCCUCCUUAAGUGCAAUGCCUAAACUAGAAGUAACUCAACAUGGAACUUGUGUGGGGAAGAAGCUGAAGCAUGAUGCACAGAGCUGGUGAUAUAUUUGACCAUACGUAUGUGUGCAGGAUAACAUUGAUUUCCAUGAAUGUGAAUAUGCUUCCUUAUUGAUAAUCCUAAUGAUGUACAUGUUUGUUUUUUUUGCUUUUCUUUGUGUAACUAUGACUGUAUUAAGUAUUGCACAACUCAUCUAUAGGGAAAGAUUUUGUGAAUUCAAACUGAUUAUCUUUGAAGAGAAACUGCACUAAGCUUUAGAUUAUACAAAUCCCAAAUACAUAAUGAUGAUGUGAUUGAUUUCUUUAAACAUUGUCCAAAGGACAGGGUGAGAAAAUGACAUUAUUUUCAACUCGUGAAGCGAAUACCUUUCAUUGGCAACAAGAGUCUUAAUGUUUGAGACAAAUGAGAGUCCAGGCUUGCCCUCCUCCCUGUCCAAUCAGUUUUACUUUAGAGAACAGUUUCUCAGUUUUUAAGAGCACAGCAGGUUCCUCACAUUUGUCCAUAAUUUGAUAUGAGAUAAUGUUUGAAGUAACGGUCCAAACAUGGCUCUCUAAUAAUGAGGAUGAAGAUUGUAGUUUAGGUUUGUCUUCCAGUUUGCCAAUCGAGUUGGAUUUUCUUUUAACGUUUCUUAUCCUGUAUGUUCCUCUGUAAACUUCUCACCCGCAUUGUCUCUUUUCUCAGAUGUUUGUAAGAUAUGAUACAGGAUUGUACUUGGGACGCUUUUGAAUAAAACCUUUUACUAAAAUGUA